AUGCCCCGAGGACCUGGGGGUGACGAUGCAGCUGCCGACGACUAUAGCACUCUCUUGCUGAACACUGGGGAUGAGGACGGUUACGGUUUCGCUCGCAAAGAUAACACGAAUGCCCACUACGGGACACCCAAUGUGCUGAGAGACGAUGCUAUUGGACAUGAGUCAAAUACAGCUACAGCACCUGUGAUCGAAGUCCACCACGUGAGCUAUCACAAAAGUACGAAGUUUCCGGAACAAGAUAUCCAGGGACACACGCAAGAACAGUUGAACACAGCUCCACGCGCAAAAAUGCUUCGACAAGGAACCGGCUUUAUUAGGGAUCCCGGACCAAGUGCAACACUAUGGCCUUGCCGAUUCUCUCCAUAACCGUCCCUGACCACCUUUGACUUUGUCCCUCACUCAUUGAUUUUGAUGUGAUUUAGGUAUUGAAGAAAAAUAAGAUUUUUUAAGUUUAGCAGUCUUAUAAACAUUUGGCACUAGACAGCUGCACUGCGCUUCAAUUUCUUUUUACUUCGUAAGGAUGAUAUAUUUUCUUUACAAUUUGCAACAUAUCCUGUUCGUCUACUUCGACUGCGAGUUCCUCCUUUUCAUGCCAAGUCCCGCACGUACACGCACAGGGGCUGAGUGGCCUCGUGGCGAGUAGGCUGUCGGUCACGACGAUGACAAUGCGACGAUCUGUUUUUAAGAACAUGAAAAGAUCUAUACACAAACUGUCAAGACUUGGGCCAGCUGUCAGUUCUGGAGGCUUCUUCGCGACGAUUGGGAAGAAGCUUUCGCUGGUCGAUGGCGGAGCAGACGAUGACUCAGACGGUGUCGGCAUUUUUUCGUGGAU